CGCGCUUAGUAGGGUUCGCCUGGGAGCUAGGCGGCUAAAGUUCCAGACAAGGAGAGUGACCACCCAUCCGCUCCCUUACAACCUUGCGAACAGUGACCAACCGCCUUCACUCACUUCAUUCUUCCUUGGCCACAGUAUUUCUCCGUGCCCUCAAAAUGGCUUCUCUCCUGGAAUGGGCGAAAAGUACCUUUCGAAGAGCUCCCUCGCCCCAUAUACGCUUUCCGGCCACCGGGUUUGAAACUAUCAAUGCAUCUAGAAUACUCGAUGAGGAAAGAUUUGAAGAUUUCAAGAAAGGGCGGUAUUAUCCUGUCAAUAUUGGUGACGUGUUUAGUUCGAAAUACCAGGUCAUUGGCAAGCUGGGAUUUGGCAUGACUUCCACAGUAUGGCUCGCUCGUGAUCUCGCAGGACACCAGUAUGUGACACUGAAAGUGUAUACACGCAACGAAGCUAGUCAGGAAGAGUUUCAGGUCUAUAAGUAUCUAAGCCAAGGGAAUCCAUCACAUCCUGGCUAUCCCCAUGUGAGGACAGCUCUGGAUAUCUUCACCAUCCCUCGUCCCGGAGGGGACCAUCAUUGUCUUGUCCAGAAGCCGAUGUGGGAGAGUUUUAGAGAUCUCCUGUAUCGCCACCCAAGCCACCGAUUUACUGAAAAUCUACUCAGGUUUGGUCUAAUACAGGUGUUUCUUGCGCUUGACUAUCUGCAUACUGAAUGCAAGCUUGUUCAUACGGACAUCAAGGCCGAUAACAUACUUCAGGAAAUCGAGGACAAGUCGAUUCUUGAAAGCUUUAUGAACUCUGAAAUGGAGAACCCUUCGCCUCGGAAAUUUGUCAGAGGUGUACCAGUGUAUGCUUCUCGGCGUUUGGAAUUGCCAAAGACAUUUGGUCGCGCAGUUCUGAGUGACUUUGGUUCUGCGGUGCAAGGCGAUGAGAGGAGAAAUCAUGAUGCGCAGCCUAAUUUUUUCAAAUCGCCAGAAGUGAUGUUGAAAGCUGACUGGAGCUACCCGAUUGAUAUUUGGAAUGUUGGCCUCAUGGCCUGGCAUUUGUUUGAGGGCAAGCACGUUUUCCGUGGUAAAGAUUCUGACGGCACGUAUUCAACACGUACGCAUCUCGCGGAGGUAAUUAGCCUCCUGGGCCCGCCUCCUUUAGACCUGCUCAAUCGAGGGAAUAGGAGCAGCGAAUUUUUUACAGAGGAUGGACAGUGGAAGCAAGACGGUAUAGUGAUACCGAUACCGCAGCACGCAAGCUUAGAAGCGUCGGAGGAGUUUCUCGAAGGAAGGAAUAAGGAGAUGUUCCUGGCGUUUAUGAGAGGGAUGCUUCAGUGGCGGCCGGAGGAUAGGAAGACAGCCAAGGAGCUUCUUGAGGAUCCGUGGCUGAAUAACCAGAUACUCUCUUAAGCAGUGUAUUUUGUGAUGGAUGGAUUUUAUUUGCUAAGAAGGCUGGGCUGAGGUUACAUCUGAAUUGAUGCGGUGAAGCACUACGGAGAACAACGGCUGUAUCGAAUUACUCUGAUAUCCGGUGGGCGCCCAAGCUGGUCGACAAUUAGGAUAAUCUCGCAAUCAGCUUUUGCUAAGAUUGUUUACCCCCAUGGGGGUUUAAACGGGCGUGAGGUAUGGAAGGGAUGUCUUCUUCACAGCCGUUUGGGUGGGGAGAAUCCAAUACACUUUCCACAGGCCAGGAGAAGCCGCAUGGUAUAUGCAUAAGGGUGUUUUGGUUGGUUUACUUGUUUACUGCCGAGUUAGGACUAUUUUUCCCAUGGAUGAUUGAUCCGAUCUAAAGGAUUGUCCAUAGCAAAGUCGGGAAUUAUUGUGGAAUAAUGAGCUGCCCCGGGGGGGGAGGGAUUGACAUGUAGAAUGUAGGGGGUAACGGUACUCCGCCACCUACAGUACAGAAUGUCUCUUCAGAUUGCCACGUCAUGUCCUUCCAAGGCGAAGAUAGGAAAUUACUUUCAAGCCUGAAUACCUGCUCACGAGGAGACUUAUUACCAUCCUUUCAUUGUUGAUGUUCAUGGGAGCCAGGGUUAGGAGUUUAGUGCUGUUGACAGGUGGUGAAGCCACAUCUGUCUCUGAGUUAACUAGGUUAUGACUAGAUUUAGCGGACGCUGGCAUUUUGGACUGAGAGGUUUACUGCCUUUAGUUUGACUUCUCUUGACCAUUGGGAUGCUUGAAGUAGCCUGCCACCGGUACCUGCGCGGCUCUCAUACUACAGCUGUGUUUAACUUACAUAUUACCACUCAUGCAGAAAUUCUUAACACAUUUUCCUAAGAAUUUAGUUAUAUGUAAUUGCAGCUCUACUCCUAUCUCAGUUUGUAUGACAAUGCUGCUCUUCUCACGCAAUUGACUGCAGGCCUGAAUCAUCUUCAAAUAAUGAUUGAUCCGGGAAAACUAGUGUUAGUGAAAAUAGUUAUGCAAUCAAGAACACCACCUCAACCUCUUGAUGUAGAUUGAGAGAAGAAAG